CGGAGUUGCCAAGUCAACAUGGGGAGCCGCGGACAUCAAUCCCGCGCCGUGAGGACGGGACCCUGUUGGCUACCACAAGCAGGGAGGAAACAUCUUCAAAUUCCGCAAAGACCCAUUCAAAGAAAUACCACCACACAGGGAAAAACAAUAGGAUGGGGGAGCCUCGCAAGAAGUGACAGAAAAAGCUGUAUAUGCUCCCACCAAGAUGCCAGAAAAAGAAAUAAUCUUACUGGCUGCCCACAGUCACUCUCUCCACCACAGAAGUAUAAGAGGACCAGUGCCUCAAUCAGUGCACAUGAUAGACGGUGUUCAUCAAAUGAGCAAGUAUUCAAUAUUUCAUUUUUCCUCAUAAUUCAAUGUGUGGCCCCAUGCCUUAUUUACUGCACACCAUUCACACCCUAUGCUGAACACAUGGAUCAGCCACUGAAGAGGAACGAGACACACACUUUGCCCGUGAGUUUCACAGCUAUUGAGGUUCAAAAAACCUCAGAUGUAUUCCAUGCUUUUGAAGAGCAUUUUGGGGUACAGACCUUUUUGCCUCUACCUCUACCCAGCCUGCCCUUCCCAACCCCUAGCAUUUCGCUACCGCCACCAACCUGCCCCUUUCUGUUUCUUUCUGCCCUGCUCCUAUCAACUCCCAGCCUGUCUCCCUAAUUUCUCUGCACCUAACCUCUAUGCAUUUAAGUAGCACUGUUUCUUCCUUCUCCUCCAUACUGCCUGAAUACCAGCAAGUGGAGCACUGA